CUGUUUCUACCCACUUGAAAUCUCUCUGUGUCACUCUCCCCCUCCAUUCCAACUCUGAGAAAUCGAGCUAUGGCAAUUGCCACUACUUCUGCAACACUUCCGAAACCUUUACCAAACCUCAACUCUCCACUUCACUCAUUGCAUACAAGAACCAUCAACUCAAUCUCUUCAUCUUCUCUCCAUUUUGGCCACACCCUUUUGCAUAAACUCACCAUUUCUCACACAAUUUCCUCGAGUUCGAAAAGAUUUUCAGGGUUUAAGCCACAUGGGUUUGUUUCAUGUUCUUUGAGUAAUGAGUCUUCUGUUGAUGAACAAGUAGAAGACAAGAGUCUCCCUAACACCAGCUCCAAUGAUCUAGUGAAAAGCUGUGCGUGGAAUUGGAGGGGUUAUUCGAUUCGCUAUCAGUGUUCCGGAAGCAAUGGCCCUGCUUUAGUUCUAGUUCAUGGAUUUGGAGCAAACAGUGACCAUUGGAGGAAAAAUAUCCCAGUUCUUGCUAAAUCUCAUAGAGUAUAUUCAAUUGAUCUUAUUGGUUAUGGAUACUCGGACAAACCUAAUCCUCAUGAUUUUGGUGACCAACCUUUUUAUACAUUUGAGACGUGGGGCACCCAGCUGAACGAUUUCUGUACAGAAGUUGUCAAAGAUCAAGCAUUUUUUAUAUGCAAUUCAAUUGGAGGACUAGUUGGACUCCAAGCCGCAGUCAUGGAGCCAGAGAUCUGCAAGGGAAUGAUCUUAUUGAAUAUAUCUCUGCGUAUGCUUCAUAUUAAAAAGCAGCCUUGGUUUGGAAUGCCUUUGAUCAGAUCAUUUCAGAACUUGCUGAGGAAUACUCCUGUGGGGAAACUUUUCUUCAAAUCAGUUGCUACACCAGAUUCCAUCAGAAGUAUUCUUUGUCAGUGUUAUAACGACACUUCCCAAGUGACAGAGGAACUAGUUCAGAAGAUCCUACAGCCAGGACUUGAGCCUGGUGCUGCAAAUGUAUUCCUUGAAUUCAUCUGUUACUCGGGAGGCCCUCUUCCCGAGGAACUUCUGCCUCAAGUGAAGUGUCCAGUUUUGAUAGCAUGGGGUGACAAGGAUCCGUGGGAGCCCAUUGAGCUUGGAAGAGCCUAUGGGAAUUUCGAUACAGUAGAAGACUUUAUUGUCCUUCCUGACGUCGGUCACUGCCCUCAGGACGAAGCACCCCAUCUUGUCAACCCGCUGGUUGAAUCAUUUGUGGCACGCCAUGCUAUGGCUCCAGCUAGUGUUCCCAAGUUUUCGCUUCAAUUCUUUGUCGCCACAAUUUCAUGUUUUUCCUCUCUGAAAAUGGCAACCCUUGAUUUAUAAAGGUAGCGUUUCACUCGAGAUUACUGCUAAGGCUGGUUAAAUGUAUAUAUUUUCUUGAUUUUA